UUCUAUCUGUCAAAUGGAUUAUUGCACAAUGCUGCACACUUUCAAUCGCACCUGUUGGCCCUGUUUUUGCGAUUCACUUCAAUACCCGAUUGUCUCAGGCAAGCCGACAGAUCGUAGCAGCCUUUCGAGAAAGUGAUUAUCGCUCUCAGCGCGUUCAACACUUGCUAUUCGGUCGAGUUGUUCCCCGUUUCAGAAGACUCCAUUCUCUCCAAAGUUUAUAUUCAAUGUCAAAGUGACAGUCCCUAGGAGGUCUUCCCACGGGUUAAUUGCCUUAUUUAUCAAAUUCACAGACGAGGACGAGUCGCUUGUUUAUUUUUAGAUUCAACAUGGUUAGCUCUUAUCUAGUGAUUCAGACGUUAUCUAGCCUCGCUAUCGGAUCGAAUAUCAUAACUUGAGAUCCCGUAUCAACUGAUAAGUUUCCUCGUAAGCUGAGGCUACAAAAAACAAAAAAAAACGACGAAUCAGAAAGGUGUAGCACCCAAGAGUAUAAUUACCCAGUUGACGUCAUGCUGGAUAUAAGAAAUCAUAAACUUUUACAAAAAGAAACAAUAUUCAUUGGGCAACGAUGAACUGCAUUUUGGAACAAACUUUUCAGAAGCUAAAAUUGAGAAGAUUACAGGGACAACUUUUAAAAAUUCCUUGAUAAAGGCUGAUAAAUAGAAAAUAGGAAAUACGCAUUAAUGGACAAUACGAAAUGCCCACGAAAUUAUUUUCCUCACACAAAAUCAGGGAUUGAGACGGAUUCAACGGAAGAGAGAUAUGCUGGGAUUCAAAAGCCGCAUCCCCCUCCAUGUGGAAAGAUACGUCAGGGCGACAUUGUAUACAUACAGAAUCCACUGUUCAACAACUUCUUUAACAAUGGUUUAACAGAGUUCAAAGACACUUCUGGUAGCUGUGAAUAUUAUUCAACAAAUCGUACUGCGAACACGAAUCACGAGCGUAAUUAUCACCACAAAUUGUACUCUCAGGAUUGUAACUUCCAGAAAUUUCAACAUCACAAAUGCGACGGUGCGCGAAUUCAUCCAAGCCAUAAAACUCGCAAAAGUAGGACAAAAGCAAGGGCUAAAACAAGAAGAGAUAUGUUGAUAAAUGAAAGUUCGGACGACGAUUACUGCUCUGUAAACUCUUCGUACGACGUGCAAUUAGCGGGAAACAGAAAUUCUUUAAAUAUGAAUGACGCGCACAACAGAAGAAGUCGUUCCGCGAGAACAGAAAGAUAUCUUCGCCGGUUGUCCAAGGAUGAAAAUUACUAUGACAAUGAAUUUUGCACGGCAAAGAUUAAUUCCCCCAAAAGAUUUCACGACGGUAAAACGGCUUCCGGAAAAUGGGAAAGUCAAGUUUCUGCCUAUUCGAAUAAUCCUGACGAAUACAACCCUAACUUGUUUUAUUUCAACCACAAUGACUCAGUAUUGAAUAAUCCCAUUUACAAUUCAUCCCGAGCAGAUUCUCCAAUAUUUCACCGCAGGCCCAGAUCACAGACGGGUCGAACAGAGUUUACCGAAAAUCAUGCUUGCGAUGGGAGUUUUAAACACAGCAGAACGCGUUGUUCUGAUCCUGGCACCGACGCUCUUCUGACUUACAAAAAUAAUAAAUUGCCACGCCCGCUCGACCACCUCCAAUAUGUUGAGCCACAAAUACUCAAUUACAAACAGUCAACUCAGAUUCCGCAGCUAAAUAAACUCGCAGCUGCUCAACGGGUUAAACGUUCCAAUUCGUUUCAAAGCGAACCUUCGAAAGAGUAUAAAACAAGCAAUGAUACUUGGCUAACAAUGGGUAUAAAACCAAACGCUGAAACUGGUAAAUUGGGUAAUAGCAUUUCAAGAAUUGAACAGAAGUGUAUCGAUUCAAUCCUACCGCCAGUAUCGCCAAAGCCUGUUCCUACACCAAGAUACACAGCGUUAGAUUUCCAGCGUAGAAUAAUGUCGCUGCCAAAAGAAACAAGCAAACUUACAGCGAGCAAUACGAAAAUACCGCAAAUGGCGGAUUUGUCAGAGUUGUACAACUCCAGUUCCGCCAAUCUGUUGUCGGACACUGAUAAAGAUAAACAGACUGUUAAAAAACGAAGUUCGAAAGAUUUGGGCAAGGAAUUAUCGGAACUGGAAAAAAUGUACGACAGUCUUCGCCUCAGCGAUGAUAAUUUGCUGGAAAGAGCCGAGGAGCGUUGCAUGGAAGAGUUCAGCCAAAAGGGACAAUCUCAAUCCUCAGCCACCGAGAAUGCCAAGUAUCUCUCGAGUAGUUCGUCGUUCGAAUCACUAAACUUGGAGGAUGGUGCAGCGGGAGAAAAGUAUUCCCAGCAGUCCAGCGAACCACACGUUGUUAACGACGAUAUGGCAUAUAGAAAAAUGCAGUCCAAAAAAAUGCCUGCACUGUCGGAAACCCAGAAUUCUCUGUCGCAGAUAAGCUAUCUACUUGCGUCGUCGGCUCUGAUACUUGACAAGACCGAUUGUCCGGAUGAUAUGAUUAAAUUAACCAAAGAAGAACCAAAUAUAACAAAAGAUGACAUGGUUUACCGAAAUUUACAUUACGCGAACAACGUCCUCAAGGUGGUCGAGCCUCAGCCACCGUUCGGAAUACCUCUGAGGCCAGCAACUCCGUCCACUAAUAGCAACUACUUGUGUUCUUCACCGGUGACUGUGAAAAGUCCUCUGUUGAAGUACGUGCCUCAGAGCGAGCCAAAUCUGAUAACGGAUGACCUGGCAUUCAGAAAUCUUCGGAAAGAUGCUCCAAAGGCAGCUACACCGCAACCUGAGGAAGAUAAUAAGAACGAAUUGAAUGUUUUCGUCUUCAAGACAGAUAUGGAUAAAAGAUCCAAGGACGACCAGUUCUUUAGGAAGAAAAAGAAAGCCGUAAGAUCGCUGUCCGCCAAUUUAUACGGUUUGAUAAAAGAAGUAAAUAAUUUAGAUUUGAAUGUUAUGUAAUCAAAUACAUAAUUAUUAUACAUAUAAUCCAUUAAAGAUGGAAUAUUUGCAGCUGCUUUUAGCGUGUUACCAAUAAUACAGUUUGUAUGUGUAAAUUUCGAUUUUUCAAUUACAUGACAUAAAUGAAACAAAGUAGCUGUAAUCAGACUAUAUUUUUGCCAAAGAAAUAUUUCACGUGGAGAAUAAAGAAUGUUUGAUCAAAUUUAUCAACUUAUUCAACAAAUAGAAUAAAGAAUAAAAUUCGUUCAAGUUUUAAAGAGUUACGAUGAAUAGGUAUUAGCAGAGGAGUUGCUUUCAAGUAAAUAUAUUGUUGCGUUAUGCUCAGCUUUUAUUAGGGUGCCA